AUGGAAGAAGAUAUGAUACAGAUGCGCAGAGACCUCCGACAGCAACGCGCAGAACGCGUAGCAUUGGCCAUAGCGGAAAACGAACAAAGCACCUCGGUGCAGGCAUUGGUCCGCAUCCAGCGGAGUGACGAGGAGCACGCCAGCGAUGUGGUGUAUGACGAAGAAUCCCAAGACUAUUUCUCCAACGGCACCGACCAUAAAGAGACAUGGCCCAAUGAGGCAAACGUUAGAGGUUCGCGCGGUAAUGCGCGUAGCAGUCGAGGAGGACGCGACGAUGUGUCCAGAGGCAGAGUAGAGGACGCGGCAAUGCGUCCAGAAGCAGAGGUGGGCACAAUGAUGCCCUUGGCACUAGAGGACGCGGCGAUGCGUCCAGAAGCAGAGGUGGGCACAAUGAUGCCCUUGGUACUAGAGGACGCGGCGAUGCGUCCAGAAGCAGAGGUGGGCACAAUGAUGCCCUUGGUACUAGAGGACGCGGUACUGCGUCCAGCGGCAGAGGAUCACGUGGAAAUGCGUAUAAUCAUCGAGGAACGCGCGGAACAGCGUGUAGCAAUACAAGCCUGCGCGGUAGAGCGCGGAAUACCACAGGACCGCACGGCAAAGCGUGGAAUGACCGAGCAGCCCGCAGUGAUGCGGAAGAUGACCAGGAGACCGACAUGA